UGCUCUAACCCAGUCCCUGGAUUACAGAAAAUGGUGAGAGGGGUGGACAUCACAAAACUGGACCUCACCCCAUCAAAACCGGGAUUGGAUGGUUUUAAAAGUCCUGUGGUGACAUUCACGUGCGGUGAUGGAAACACGUGGCGUGGUGGCCAGGGAGAGGAUGAGUAUCAACUCCCGGACCAGGUAAAUUGGCUGUAGCUCUAGAACUUUAAAGUCAAUUUUGAUUUGACGUAUUUUAACAUAUUUGACUAGUGUUUAACUUUAAAAUGCCCCAUAUUUCAAAUAUAACUAGGAAUGGCCCCGUCGAGACCGACUUCUCAGAUCACACCUAAAUAACACUAACAUUGAGGCACGAAACGGGGCCUUUGCAACAAAAAAGAAGAAUACGGAAGACCUAACAUAACCAGGAAUUAAUAAUCUCCUGUGAGAAAUGCAGUCGAGAUUGUCAUUCCAGGAUUGGCCUAGUGAGCCACUAGUCGAAGUGUAGGACUACAUAGCUACUCCAUAGUCUCGCGAAGACGGAAGGAUGCCAUAUAUAAUGUGAUUGGUCAGACUGUACGCCGCCCGGAUAUUCUUUGAACAGAUUCCGUCAUUAAAGGAUAAACCCAAUAACUAAUAACUAAUAACAUAUGUUCCGUCCAAUUUCGACGGACCAUCGAUUAAUUACUUUGAGAUGACAAAGUAUAAUUUAAUAUAACUACAGAAAACAUUUAUUCCCCGCUAUUUCUAUAGGCCAUUUAUAUUUUUUUCCGUUGGUUUAUUAAAAAAAUAUGUAACUAGACAAUUGAAAAGAUGCAAGUUUUAAACCACUUAAUAUAUUAUUAGUUUUAUUUGCUAUAUUUAAGGUAAUGUUUGUGUUUCAUUAGUCAAUAAUACUUACUAUUAUUUUACUUUUUUUAUAACAUUCUUUUUUUUUGAGGUAUGGCAGAUAACUUCCCUACCAGGUGGCUGGCUCUCGGCAGAAACAGACAUUUACAAAUCUUACAAUGAAAUCAGGGAAAAGAUGACACAGGAUGUAGGGGGAGAAGGGUUGAUUUGGAAAUUUGCUUUCUCCGCGAGUCACUCCUACACGACGAUGCAAAACACUAUCACUAACAACUCCAAGUACAUCUCUGAGGUAUCAGCAUUUGAGUCGGCUACAAAUGUCGAGUUUGAUCCAAGCUGGGUCCUAGAAAUGGACACCUUUGCUAAGAUUUUUAUCGAUCGAAAAAUUUCUGGCACGUUUGAGAAAAAUCAAUCCGCUUAUUUUACAUUUAUCAAUCAGUUCGGUACGCACUAUUUCUCAUCGGCGAAUUUCGGUGGCUUUGUCAGGGAAGUGUUGGAGACAAAAAAAGAGUUUUUCUCUUCCAAGACGGACUCUGAUGUGGAGAAUAACGCCAAAGCUUCAUUUUUAAAUAUUAUUUCUCUUCAUGGAGGCAAAGUUUCCAGUUCGACUAAGGUGGACGAGACAUUUUCCACUGCGACCACAUAUUUCGCUCAGUACUUUGGUGGCGAUAGAAAUUUACUAGUGCAGGACGGAAUUCAGAAAUGGCAGCCGACGGUUGACAAAGACCCAUGGCUCUUUUCUGGCAAGCUUACACAAAUCAGCGAACUGAUCGAGAAUGAAGACAAAAGAAGUUCAAUGGAAAAGGCUGUUGACAAUUAUGUGCUGAGAAGUUACUUAAACGAGUUGGACCGAUUAAUAACCACGGCUAAGGCUAAAUCAGGUGAUUCCACAAUCACUGCGCUACAACAAAGUGUCUCAGAUUUGAAAAAUAGAACAUUGCUCGACAUAAAUGAAGUAAACGAUUUAGGUAAGACAGUUGAAGGUAUCUUUCUAGUCCCAGACUGGUUUACAUCGAAUACCAAACUCUGCUUUAAAUGAUGGACGACCGGCAAUAAAGAACAAUGUGGUGGGGGAGCUGAAGAACUGCUCUGUGCGAAACCGAAUUUUAUGACACAACCAUACUUAGAUGACACAGAUGACAGAGCCGGUGGAUGUGAAAUGCAGUGGGGAAUUCAGUCCACGGGCUCCCCG